AUGUCUCUGGAGGAUUCACUCUUUAUUACACCGGAGGACAGCAGGGAUCUGGUCCUGAAUGUCUCCACGGAGGAGCAGCACCAGUACAACAUCUGGCUCCCUGGCAUCGGGAUCGCUGCUGUCUACGGGGUCAUCACCAUCGUGGGUCUGGUGGGGAAUGUCACGUUGAUGAGGACGUGUCUGAUGGUGAAGUCCAUGUGGACGGUGCCCAACUUGUUCCUGUCCAGCCUGGCUCUGGGGGACGUGCUGCUGCUGUUGACCUGCGUCCCGGUGGACGCGAGCCGCUACCUGGUGGACGAGUGGCUCUUCGGCCGCGUUGGAUGCAAACUGAUCCCGUUCAUCCAGCUCAGCUCCGUGGGAGUCUCCGUGUUCACCCUCACGGCUCUCUCCGCUGACCGGUACAAAGCUAUAGUCAAACCUCUGGACAUCCACAGGUGCAGAACUACACGCAGUAUCUGUUUUCGAGCCGGGACCAUCUGGCUGCUCUCUCUGACUCUGGCCAUUCCUGAGGCCGUCUUCUCCGACCUGCACACCUUCACCACCAGCCACACCAAUGAAACAUUUGUGACCUGUGCACCCUACCCCCACGCUGGGGAUCUGCACCCGAAGAUCCACUCCACCGCCUCCUUCCUCAUCUUCUACAUCAUCCCGCUCUUCAUCAUAUCUGUUUACUACUGCUUCAUCGCUCACAGUCUGGUCAGGAGCUCUGUGGAAAUCCCUGCUGAAGGACACCUGCACCUCCGGAAACAGAUCAAGUCCAGAAAGCGUCUGGCUAAAACUGUGCUGGUGUUUGUCGGUUUGUUUGCCGUCUGCUGGCUUCCCAGUCACGUGAUCUACCUGUACCGCUCCUACCACUACGACCAGGUGGACACCUCGUUGGGACACUUCAUCGCCAGCGUGUGCGCUCGCAUUUUGGCCUUCACCAACUCCUGUGUGAACCCAUUCGCACUCUACCUGAUGAGCAAAAACUUCAGCAAACACUUUAAAAAGCAGCUCCUGUGCUGCACUUCUCCCAGACACUUGUACAGUCAGAACAGUGGGAGCACGCAUAUCACCACCGUCUGAAAGCAACUGCGUUUUCAUAAACUUCAUAACACCUGUGCAUCAACAGGACUGGAGGCAUGUUGAUCGUCUUUGCUCACACAUGUUUGCCUCGGAUUUAGAAGUGUCAGCUCCAGUGUGAUGAUUGAAGACCGGUUCAAUCAUUCAGCCUUGUUGUCCUUUCACUCACAAAGACCACGCCAUUUGGAAGUGCACGCACAUACAUGCACAGUGUGGAAGUUGUUUUAUUUGGAAUGGCUGGAGGAUUCGGGAAAGAUUGGUUUAAGUACGAUGGGAUGAUAGGUGGUCAAGGAGCGGGAUGAACGGGACGGAACGGAGUCAGGGUGUGGCUGGAGCAUCUGGGAACCUGAGGGUCAAGACUGAGGGUAUGGGCACGAGUGGACAAGUGUCGCGCUUCAUCAUGCAAUCACUGCAGAUGUGAAGUCGCUCAUCACCAACACUGGUGCAAAACAUUGCUUGAGAUUAAUAUUUGAUGUUACCUGUGAAAUAAAUGUAACAAAAGAAAAAAAAGUAUUGAUUGUGUAAAAUAAAUAUAUUUUGGGCGGUCUGAUAGCCGAGUAAUUAGGGAGCAUACUACAUGGGCACAUAUGAGCAACGAGUCCUGGUUUGAUUCCUGGCUAGUCAGACCGAUUGUUGCAAGUCAUUCCUCACAUUUCCUGUCCUUCUCCACUAUCAAAUAAAGGCAUUUUAUGCCCAAAAACACUAAUUACAUUAACUGUCAUUUGCAGGGGAAAUCAUGCAUGAAAGGCCAGACAUUAGCUUUCUAACUGCACAAAGCUAUGAUUAUAAAAAAAUUAAAAAAGAUGACGACUGCUGGAGAUAAAGCAAAAGGUCCCUCUGACAUUUGAGGGUUGUAAAAUAUUCUGAAUAGUAGAAAGGUUUUAUUGGUCACAUAAGAAUGUUUGUCAAAUGUUAAGUUAUUAGAACCGUCAAAUGUCGUGUACAUAGAGAUGUUUCUGUUAAAUUCUACGUGUUAGUUCAUGUUGUUGGCUGUACUUCCGUUAUUAUAAUUUUCACCGGCCGUUUCUUCAUUUUUUAAAAUGUACUUAGUGUUGAUGUGUCAUAUACAGGGUAUAAAGAUAUAAAGAAUAUCACAAUUUCCCAUAACCCAAGGCACCAACAGUCCAAAACUACAACAAUUCCAAUACACAAAACAGAUAAAAGCAGAAUAUUCAGCAGGAAACUGUGGUUAUUUAACAUUUUUAUUAGCCCCGCUGGUGACGAGGCUCUGUGGUUGUGCAAACCACGUUAGGAGCCAUUCCGAAUCCUUAAAGGAAACAAAAGUCCAAACUGAACCAGUUGUUGGUCACUUGCGAACCCCUAUCGGUCGGUCAAGAGGAGUGAGGAGUCAGCAGUCAAUGAGUAUAAAGUCAUUAAAAUAUGUUUUGAAAAAGUGUGAAUUACUGCAACCACGAGGAGUCCUUAAGCACACAGUCAUACAUGAGACACGCACAUGAUCUGCUGACAGAGAUAAUACUUAAGAUGUGCAUUAUGAUACUGAUGAAUCUGAUUCUGAUUAUUACUUACUAAUUAUUUGAACUAUUGCUGAUCCAUUCUCUGUCUUUGACUAAUCGUUUACGCUUUAGUUAUGUAUUGGUGAUAGCAGUUUGUCAUUGUCGUCACAAUGUAUGACAAUAAUAUUAAUUGUGCAAUUCCCCGAACUGCGGUGUACAUUUGUCACGUCUUCACCAUGAAUAU